ACCCAAUUGAGAGAACCAUGCCUCCAAAGUAUGUACCCUGAACACGGAUUUUGACUUUCCACCUUCGAUAGCUUCUUUGUCAAGUAAUUGUGACGUGAAUGGUUGGCAAUUUAGGAUCAUAUCACGAUCGUUUUCUUCCAGUGUGAUAUUUCCUUCUUACCACGGUGUGUAGCAUCACAGUUGUCACUAGAAACUAUGAUGGAGGCAUAGGAUUAGUCCACGCCCAAAUGUUGAUUUUCCUGAAAUAUUUCAUCCUUUAGUCAACCCCUUCGAUCCUUGUGACUUCGAGGGUCAUUCUCAAUUUAGGAGCUUUGUGUAUGUGAGCUUAAUGGUGUUAAUAGAACGGCCCCUUUCCUUUCUUCGUGUCUAAACAUGAGUCAUCCUUGUGUCCCGGAGCUCUCGCCUUUGAGUUUCCAUAGAGGUUCUACACAGGAGGGUCAUGUGCGGUCCUUGCAAGGGAUGAGAAAAAUGAAGUGUAGUGUUAGAGUGAUUUCCUCAAAAAGAGAGCAUUGAUCGUUAAAUGUAUAGGUGUCAAGUGUUUUUACUCUCUAGUACCCCCCUCGAAAAGAAAAGAAAAAGAAAGAAAAGAAAAGAUAAACAAAAAAAGAGGUAAUAAAAUGGGGUGAAUAAAGUAGAGAGUGCCACGAAAAACCAAAGUACAUGUUGUAGGAGGGGUUUCUUGGCACCCAAGCCAUCGAAACCCCACAUUGUUUUAGAACUCCUUCACUGCCAAACCUUUAUGUGCUUGCAAUAGUAGACCGAGGAAGAGUGCUUCAAUGUAGUUCACGAUGGGUGAUAGUUUGGAAAGGACAGAUAAGGGUUUUGGCCGAAUCUAGUGGCCUUGGAUUGAAAACAAGGGUUUUAGUCGAAACCAUAGAACGUUCGGGUUUAGGUUGAAGAUGUAGAACCUCACGUCAUGAUUGCCACCACCCAAAAAGCCUUUUUCCCAUGCCCAAGACAAUUGCUAGUCAUCUGAACCCGUAUCUAAGACCUCCGGACGAGCUAGUAGUGACAACCAUCCCGUGAACUCUAACAUUUAGAGGUUACUGUCGUGGUAUUGAGACGAUAGGGCCGAGAGUUUAUGAUUGUGCACAUCUUUUGCAUCAAAAAGGUCUCGACCCCACUGGUCUUGAGAGUGAGUGAAUCAUUCUUGUUUAGCAUGUCAUAUCAUACCCCUGUUAGGACCUUUGUUGUCUUUCCAUCUAUUCCUUGGACUUGAAUUCCAUGCAUGGUCGGUUGUGGUUGAUAAGUGGUCUUGUUGCGACUUUGUGGCCUUUGAGCUGUCCCCAAAGUAUUUGUGUAGGUUAAAAUAUUACAUUGUGUGAAAUGGUUUGCAUGGGGACAAACAAAUGUCUAAGUGUGGGGGAGUGAUUAGGGCCAAACUGUACAUGUUUUGCCCCCGUUUUACUUAAGUGUUUGUGCCAAUUUCACUCCUAAAAGGUUGGUUUUACGCUAUGUUCUUCGUCUUUUAAUGUGUUUCAGGUUUUAUAAGGUGAAACCAGCCUCGGAGUCAAAAGUUGGACGAAAAGGAUCAAAAACCGGGAGAAGAGGUGAAAAAGGGCCAGUUCACGGUUAUCCAAGGAAGUUCACGAUCUUGCACGAUCGUGAAGAAGAGUCGUUGACCGUGAAUCGCAAGGCUUCCAGAGCCAAAAAACGGAGGUUACUGACGCAAGGUGAGUUCACGGUCACUAAGAGCGUGAACAAAGGUUGUUGACCAUGAACUCAAGCCGUGAACUGAGCUCGUCUUUGAUUUAAAUGAUGAGCUGAAAGGAGGAGAGAAGGGAGAGCCCACUUUGUGUGAAAAGCCUUCUUCAGAUUUCUAGAGAGAGAAACACGAACCAAGGAAGAAAAAGGCUAGGAUUUUGCUUCAAGGUGGAUUUUGGGAAGAUUUCCUCCAAUGAAAGCUCAACAAAAGGGCCAGGGAGAUUGAGAGCAUCCUCCAAGAUGGUUUCCUCUUCUUCUCUUUAUGUUUUUCCCAUUUCUAGCAUGGAGUAGAUCUUCUUUCACUUGGGUGUUGUGAAACCCUAACUCUACCAUGUGUUUCUUUUAUGCGAAUUGAAUGAUUGUCACUGGGUAUUGUUUAAUGCAAUGAUUGAGGUAUUUUUCAUGAUUUAUUGUGCAUGCUUUUUCAUAGCAACCUAAGGGUUGUGCAUGUUUUGUGCUUAGCAUCCUUAGGUUUGUGCAUUUUGGUGCUUAGCAACCUAAGGAUUGUGCAUAAUUAUGCUUAGCACCCUUAGGUUUGUGCAUGUUGGUGCUAGCAAUUUAAUUAGCCACCUUAACCUAGUUUAGAGAGGAAAAUUCCCCUUCCAAGGGAGACUCAAUCGAGUUGGUUUUCCUUCAGCUUUUAAGCCACCUAACUAGGUUAAUUUAGGGCAACCGUUAGUGUUGAGUUAAGCAAAUAGGUUAAUCGUGAUUAAGCCAUUCGACCUUUGAGUUGAGUGAGGCAGUAAGUCAAUUACCGAUUGCCUAAAGCGAGAGGGUCGAGUGACACGGCCUUUAAUGUUCACCUCGGUUUAGCAAUUGAGAUUGUGGUCCCCGACCAUGUAUGCAUCCCUCUGCGGUUCGCGAUUACCUUUCCCAAAAAAAUCAUUCCAAUUCGUAUAGCAUGGUAGUAGUUAGGAGGAAGCGACACCCGAGUGAUCUUUCCACAAAAGAGUUUUCAAAACCCAUUAACCUUUGUCCUAUUUUAGUACAAUUAGCAAAAUUUUAAACCAAAACUUUGUUACUAGAUAAUGAUUAAAACAACUGAAGUAGGGGUAGAUGGACCGCCCGGGUUAAUAUCUAAAUACUUGCUCUAUACUGCACCCGGCUAGAGUUUAAAAACUUGGACUCUAGUCGGGAUUUAUUGUGGUGUAGUUUCAUGCGAGUGAGACCAUUAGUCGACACUUCAGACUGAAUAAGAACCUUCCACGGUAUAAUUGUCAUUAAAUCUGGACUUGGUGAAUUACAACUUGGCUUAACUGCAAUCUAGGAGGAACCAUAUCUGGGUGACCUCUCUCAAACUUGAACUACAACCUUUACUGUUUUUUUGUUUGUUUAGAUUAAUUACAGCCUCAGUACCGUUAAACAGCUAGAUAACAUGAAUUCAGGGAGUAGUCAUCACAUUUAGGACCUGGGUUGACAAAUAAAGCUAAACCCACUAUACUACGCAUUAGUAGGUGGUUACACUUUGCCACUUUCUAGUGUGACGAUACAGGCGAGUUAGACUUCAAGACAUCAAAGGAUGUAGGAUUGGUCCUACUAUCCAACCAAAAUUGCACGGCCCUGAGCUCAACUUGGAAAUACUUAGCUAGACUAGUGACAAAAAAAACUCCUCCAUGAAGGGCAACAAGUCGAUGGUCUGUCCAUAACGCUUGAAGAUGGACAAGAUGGCCAAACCGAGGUGAAGAGAUUAAGGUAGAAGCAUGUUUUGGAAGAAGGUGACGUCUCGGCCAGUCAAAUUGCCUUCACUUUUGUUCUUUCCAACCAUAGACUAUAAAAACUAUUUUUCAAGGACUCUCAUCAAUUCUCUAAGUUCCCCCCCCCCCCCACACACACACACACACACUUCAGUAAUACUAAGGCUUGCACAAAAGAGAGGACUUAAAUGAAGAUGGAGUUCAAUGACAAGGAAUAGUGCUAGGAUUUCCCCAAACAAUACACAAUCAAGUAAACAAGAGUUAACAAG